CCUUGGUUGCAUAGGAAAAGAUCGACUCUCGACGCUCUCAGUUUGCCGCAAGGGAUGCAAGUUACACUUUUUUGGUCUCCCAAAUGCAACAGAGAGGGUUUUUAUCGCAUACCUUCCAUUUAAAAAUUUGAACUCCCUUUUGAUUUAGGAAUGUGUUUUUUCUCGGAUCUUUGGUGAUUUCAACAACAGAAUUUGUCCCUCCACUAGAACAAUCUCCAAAGCAGAAUUGUAAAUCGGAUGCGACCCUGAGGUCAAGUUUCAUAUAACUGACGAGUCCACCCAGGAGCAAUGGCAAGGAUAAUGGCUGAUGUGCUUAUCAACUCGGUGAAAACUUUACUUCUGGCUGUCGUCGUAGCUCAAAGUUGGAGAUGCACAGCUGACCCUAGCAUUUCCCAACCAAUGGAAUCAGAAGGUCUGGCAGAAGCCCAAAGUGGAGCUGCACCCACAGCUGAAGGCUACUACUUAGAGUUUCAGGAGCCAGUCAACAACAUCACCAUUGUCCAGGGUCAGACAGCCACUCUACACUGCAAGGUGAUGGGGAACCCACGGCCCACCAUCCGCUGGCUAAAGAAUGAUGCUCCAGUGGUUCAGGAGCAGGGCAGGAUCUCCAUCAGAAAGACUGAGGCGGGCUCCAAGCUCCGGAUUCAGGACCUGGACACCACUGACACAGGGUACUACCAGUGCGUGGCAUCCAACACUGUCAAGGUGAUAUCUGCCACAGGGCUGCUCUACGUCAAGCUGGGGCAGUCACCUACACAUGGCCCUGAUGAUGGAACACACGAGAAGGGCUUUUGCCAGCCGUACCGGGGUAUCGCAUGUGCCCGCUUCAUUGGCAACCGCAGUAUCUACGUUGAGUCUCUGCAGAUGCAAGGGGAAAGCGAGAACCGCAUCACAGCUGCCUUCACCAUGAUUGGCACCUCCACCCAGCUCUCAGACCAAUGCUCCAAGUUUGCCAUACCCUCCUUUUGCCACUUUGUGUUCCCACUGUGCGACGAUGGGGCACGGGUCCCACGGCGGCGUCAGCUUUGUCGGGAUGAGUGCGAGGCUCUGGAGAGCGACCUUUGCCUUGCCGAGUACACCAUCGCCCGUUCUAACCCCCUCAUCCUCAUGCAGCUGGAGCUUCCCAGCUGCCACCUACUACCCCACCCGGGCUCACCUGAUGCCGCCUCAUGCAUGAGGAUUGGAGUGCCUCUAGACAAGUUGAGCACAUAUUCUCCCUCAGAUCACAGCUGUUACAAUGGGAGCGGUGCUGACUACAAGGGCACGGUUAGCGUCACCAAGUCAGGCUACCCGUGCCAGCCCUGGAGUGCCCAGUACCCCCACAGCCACCACUUGUCUCCCAUAGAAUACCCUGAGCUGCGUGGGGGACACAACUUUUGCCGUAACCCAGGGGGUCAGAUGGAGGGCCCCUGGUGCUUCACAUUGGACUCAGAUGUCAGGGUUGACAUGUGUGACAUCCAGCCCUGCAAGCCACCAGAGAACCUCAAGAAGGAGAUCCUUUACAUCCUGAUCCCCAGCAUCGCCAUCCCAUUUGUCAUUGCCUGCCUCUUCUUUCUGGUCUGCAUGUGCCGCAACAAGCAGAAGGACUCCACAGACACACCCCCUCGCCGCCAACUUACAGCCUCCCCUAGUCAGGAAAUGGAGCUGCCACUGCUCAACCAGCACAAACACCAGGCCAAGCUGAGAGAGAUCAACCUGUCGGCAGUGCGUUUUAUGGAGGAACUGGGUGAGGACCGCUUUGGAAAGGUCUACAAGGGCCAUCUGUAUGGCACAGCACCUGGUGAACAGACCCAGGUGGUGGCAAUCAAGACUGUGAAGGACAAGGACGACGGCACGCUCCGUGAGGAGUUUCGCCAUGAGGCCAUGCUCCGUUCCCGCCUCCAGCAUCCCAACAUUGUCUGCCUGCUGGGCGUGGUCACCAAGGAGCAGCCAAUCAGCAUGAUCUUCAGCUACUCUGGCCUUGGUGACCUUCACGAGUUCCUGGUCAUGCGUUCACCGCACUCAGACGUCGGGAGCUCAGAUGACGACAAGACGGUGAAAUCCACCUUGGAGCAGGCUGACUUCCUACAUGUUGUCACACAGGUGGCCGCUGGUAUGGAGUACCUGUCCAGUCACCACGUGGUCCACAAAGAUCUUGCCACAAGAAACAUAUUGGUCUGCGACAAGCUCAACGUCAAAAUCCUGGACCUGGGUCUGUUCAGGGAUGUCUACUCUGCCGACUACUAUAAGCUCAUGGGUGCCAGUCCCUUUCCCAUUCGUUGGAUGUCUCCAGAAGCCAUUAUGUAUGGCAAGUUCUCCACCGACUCAGACAUCUGGUCAUAUGGGGUGGUUCUGUGGGAGAUUUUCAGUUAUGGCCUACAGCCUUACUGUGGCUACUCCAACCAGGACGUUAUUGAGAUGGUGCGCAGCCGGCAAGUGCUGGCCUGCCCAGACGACUGUCCAGCUUGGAUCUACACGGUCAUGCUGGAGUGCUGGAGCGAGUUUCCAGCUAGGCGGCCUCGCUUCAAGGACAUCCACAACCGCCUGCGAACCUGGGAGAGCCUUUCCAACUAUAACAGUACAGCACAGACCUCCGGGACCAGCAACACUACUCAGACCAGUUCCCUGAGCACUAGCCCCGUCAGCAACAUCAGCAUUAGUGCCGCCAACGCUGCACGCUACUCCAGCCCAAAGAAAAGCUCACCUUUCCCCCAGCCCCAAUUUAUGCCCAUGAAGGGCCAGAUGCACCGACCCAUGGUACCCCAGCAGCUGUACAUCCCAGUCAAUGGGUACCAGCCUAUGCCUGCGUAUCCCUACCUACAGAACUUCUACCCCAUGCAGAUCCCCAUUCAAAUGGCUCACCAGCAAAUGCACCACCCACUCCAGAUGGUGCCCAAACCUGGGUCGCACCAUAGUGGCAGUGGCUCCACCUCCACGGGCUACGUUACAACCGCACCGUCCAACGGAUCGGGCACGGAGAGAGCUGCCCUGCUCAAUGAGGACCCCAAGGCUAAUGAGGAGGACAUGGCUGACGGGGCAUCUCAGAAAGGUCUGGGACAAAAUGAAGACUUGUCAAUCCCUGAAACAGAUUUAUUGAGCAACAAUGAUGUUUCUCGUACUGAUGAUAUGGACAUGCACUCAGAGGCAUAGAUCUGGAGGACUGGAACAAAAUACAACUGAAAUGCGUACUUUGAGUUGAGACCUUUAUUUGGAGGGCCAUCAAUUAACAAGUGAAGGGAAAACAUUUUGAAAGCAGUGACUGAAUGUAAUUUAUGUAUUUUGAUGGCGAUUGUUGCAUUAGAAUGCAAGCAGCAGAAUAUCCUGUUUCUCUCCUAGAGCUAUGUGUCUCAACCUUGAAAGUUGCUCAUCCAUAAAGGGCAUUUUUACUGAUAUACGAUUGUGCAUUACCGAAACGGACAGUGUUUUCAAUUAAUUUAGUUGCAAAAGCCCUUCAGAAGAAUUUAUGUUCUUACUGUUGCUGUGCAACAUAAAGCAUCUUCUUUCAGACAAGGCUCCCUGAAAAAGACUUUUUUGAUACCAUCUUUGACAUUUUCUAAAAUUACAGAGACUAAAUCUGGUUUUACGCAACUUUACUGCGUGUUGUCUGUUUGGUCACAAUAAUAGAAGGCGUUUGAGACAAGACAUGGCAGAAUGUAUGAUGAUUGGAUAGCAAAAACUCGUAUAAGAUGUGAUGACAUUUGUUUUGUUUUUUACUUAAGGGUUAAAUAUUGCUUACUGAACAUGGAUGUGUUACUACACAACAUAUGCCUGCUUGUGAAACAGAAAGAAAAUGUGGCUUUUUUUUUGUAACAGUCUUAUGUUUAAAUUUCCCUUUACGGUUCAUCUUCAACUUUGAUAUCCUGUUGUACAGAUUUGUAAUUUAUGUAAGUAAUUAGGAAAACUUUUAAAUCGGUUUUUAUUUUUCCUUGGUGGUAAAUAUUGUUUAACAUGAUGUUCUUUCUUUAUUGUCCCUGCCAUCAGAUAAUUUGCUUUUCACUAAGAUAUUAUCACAGAUGUUAAACAUAUUGUGUACAUCCAGCCACGAAGCAUCAAAUAAAGUGAUACAUUAU